CGAUAGCAAUAGCAGAAGCAAAAGGACGGAGGACAAAGUCAGCAGCACUGUGAACUGACACUGACACCUUCAUCGUCAUCUGCGACCAAACUCAAAGCUUAACGCUUUCAAGUUUCAACGGAAUAACGAAACUCCCCACACAUAGAUGAAACACUGCUUUGCUUUCAGUUAACAACCUUAAUACAACCACAUCCAGAACCAGAAUGUUCCGUUGACUUUUACUCUCGUUGCGCCACCAUGGAACCACCCAACUUCUUCGAUCUCCUUGCCAAGGACCUUCUUUACGCCAUCCUCGACCACCUCCGCGACGACCCUUUUGCCCCAAAGUUCUUCUCCCAAGCCUGCAAGUCCUUCUACGCUCUCGAGUCAACGCACCGCACCGCUCUCAAGCCACGUCGCCUUGACUUUCUCCCCAGAGCCUCUCGGCGCUAUCCUUCCAUCUUGCACCUCGACCUCACGCUCUGUCCCUGUGUCGACGAUUUCGCCCUCAAGGCCCUCUCUCUGGCUUGGCGCUCUUCCCUGCGCUCCCUUGAUCUCUCCGGGUGCAGGCUGUUCUCGCACGUGGGGCUCUCCGCUCUCGCUCUCAAUUGCACGUACCUGGUGGAGGUUGACCUGUCCAACAGACCGGACCUCACUGACGUGGCGGCCAAGGCAAUCGCCGAGGCUGUGAACUUGGAGAGGCUGCGUUUGGGAAGGUGUAAGGGAAUAACGGACAUGGGGAUUGGGUGCAUAGCUGUCAAGUGUGGCAGGUUGAGGAAUGUUGUGUUGAGGUGGUGCAUUCGGGUCACUGAUUUUGGGGCUGGUUUGAUUGCUAUAAAGUGCAAGGAGAUUCGGAGUUUGGAUCUUUCUUAUAUGCCGCAGAUCACAGAAAGAUGUCUUAAUCACAUCCUUCAAUUAGAACAUCUAGAAGAUUUGGUUCUUGAGCAUUGUCUUGGCAUUGAGGAUCACGGCCUUGCAACCCUCCAAGCAAACUGCAAGUCGUUGAAGAUGCUUAACUUGUCAAAAUGUCAAAACAUUGGUCAUAUUGGCAUAGCUUCUCUUACAAAUGGUGCACAGAACUUAGAAAAGCUUAUCUUAUCUUCCAGCCUGGUUGUUACUACAGAUCUAGCAAAAUGUCUGCAAAGUUUUCCAAGACUGCAAUUGGUGAAACUCGAUGGUUGUUUGGGUGUAGAGUCAGGAUUAAAAGCCAUCGGUUAUUCAUGCAACUCACUCAAAGAACUGAACUUAAGUAAAUGUGUUGGAGUAACUGAUGAGAAUCUCUCCUUCCUUGUGAAAACAAACAAAAACCUAGAGAAGUUGGACAUAACCUGCUGUCGUACACUAACACCUGAAUUCAUACCCAACCUAACAAAUUCAUGUUUACGGCUUACAUCCCUCAGAAUGGAAUCUUGUAGCUUGAUCAGUAGAGAAGGCUUCUUGUUUAUUGGACAGUGUCAACUGUUGGAAGAAUUAGAUGUCACAGAUACUGAAAUAGAUGACAUAGGGCUUUGUUCGAUCUCAAGAUGUACCAAACUUUCUAGUCUGAAGUUGGGCAUAUGUUUGAUGAUAACUGAUAAAGGACUAAAGCAUAUUGCUAACAGUUGCUCAGAGCUCAAAAAUCUUGAUCUUUACAGGAGCUCAAGAAUAACUGAUGAGGGAAUUAUUGCAAUUGCCCUUGGCUGUCCUUCACUUACGGUUGUUAACAUUGCUUACAACAGCAACAUCACAGAUUCUUCACUGGCAUUUCUUUCAAAAUGCCAGAAACUAAGAACUCUAGAAAUCCGAGGGUGCCCUCAUAUUUCACCACAGGGUCUCUCAAAUAUUGUUGCCCGUUGUAAGAAUCUUGAAACUCUGGACCUGAAGAAGUGCCGCAAAAUUAAUGAUGCUGGAAUGAUUCAGUUGGCUCAACAUUCUCAAAGCUUAAAACAAAUAAAGCUGUCAUAUUGCUCAGUUACCGAUGUGGGGCUCAUUGCACUUGCUAGCAUAAGCUGCCUGCGGUAUAUAUCCAUUUUUCACGUGGAGGGUUUAACUUCAAAUGGCCUAGUAGCUUUCCUUUUGGCUUGUCAAAGUUUAACAAAAGCGAAGUUUCACGCAUGCUUUGAGUCUUUAAUUCCUCAACAAAUUCUAAAAUACAUGGAAGCUCGUGGAUGUGUGCUUGUUUGGAGGGAAAAAACGUUUGAAUCCUCUUGGUACCUUUUGGCCAUUUCAGCCCUUUAUUUCCAGCUUGUCAUAUGCAGGAAUAGAAUCAAUCAUCUGUGAUAUACACGAAUCCUUGAAUUUAAUGUUCGAAUUAAAACCAAAAGAAGUUUUGCAUAAUGUGGACAAGAUGAUAUCUCAACACACGAGAUACAAUUUUUGAUUAACCAGGACAAAAGUAGAGAUGAUGAUGAUGAUGCCUGCAACUAGAAAAUUUGAAACAGAUUAUUUGAAUUAUAAAACGACAAUACAAGAUAUUCUUAAAUAUGAACAUUCUUUUAUGUAAAUAUUCAGCAUGUCUUACUGGAAGCUGUGCACAUCUGUGACAGGUGGGACUAGGUUCAAAAGGAUGGAAGCUACACGCUUGAAGGAGUUUGUAAGCUCUGUAGUGAAUGUCUUUGAACUAAUUAUAUUGGCAACAAAAAUGUUAUGCCAAAUCUUUGGAAAUUAGCAGCAAUGUUACAAAGACAGACGAAGUUGCUACUGCUGGGCUUGUCUUGUGUCAAAACAGGAGGAAACGAUGAAGAAAAUUCCCAAGUGCAUUAGGAUAAGUCAAAGAUUUCCAUUGUUGGCUUUUCAAAAUCAUAAAUGGUCAUAAUGGAUAUGAUGUGCGCCAUCUGUUACAAGUUACAGUAUUUUGACGGGUUCAAUAUAGUUUCCCUCGGUCAAAAGUCAUUGCUGAGUGUUACAUAAAAGCUAAGUGAAAGCAAAACAUGGUUUUCAAGUGUAUUAAAACGAUGUUGUUUUCACACGAAUGUGGAGGGGCCAGGAAAUGGAUUGGAUGAAAUAAGUA